GAAUUGUACCGAUUGGACCAGACUUUGACGUAAUGACGUAAAUAGGAAAACGAAAAAGAAAUGCUAAGUACUUGUGUAGUGAGUGAGUGUUCAAUCGGGCGUUAAUAUUUACUUUACUAAUAUCUACCCACUUUGUAAAUUGAUUCACUGAAAUUUAGUAUUAACGCGAUGCAUAUCCGUUUCCGUCGUUAUAUUGCCGUUAGGACAGAGUCUUCUGUCUCGAAAUCUGGUUCGCCCUGACUAAAAGUGAAGUAAAUAGCGAAUAAAAUAGGAUUUUGUAUUUAUCUAGCCAUGGAGUCCGAGUAUCAGCCAAAACUUAGUCCCAUGCGAGCAUAUUCAGUUAUGCACGGAAACACUGCGGAGGCGGACGAGUCCUUCACCAGCCUGUCUGAGUACCACGACUACGAACCCAGGCUGGAGUUCGACGACUCGGAGCUGACGCAGCCCAUACCCAGCGAUGAUCUAGGAGGUCUGCCACCAGAACUACUGGAUAUACCCGACAACCUGCUACAGCGGUCGGCCAGCGAUGGGACCAUUGAAGAAAACUUCGAGGAGGAGCUGGCUACUAAACUCGAGGAGAUCUACACUGAGAUAGCGGCAACGACGCUAGACGACAACUUCACGGAGCUUAACGACAGCGGAUUGGUGGAAGUGGUGGGCGACGACGCGAUCGGACGACGCAUCAUCGUCGUGUCCGCCUGCCGGCUGCCGUCCAAUAAGGAGCUACCCCCGGACAAGCUACUCAAGUACCUGAUGUCCACCCUGGACAAAUACGUCGAGCAGGACUACAGCCUGGUGUACCUACACUGCGGCCUCACGAGGAACAACAAGCCGCCCACCUCCUGGCUCUGGAAGGCCUACAAGGCCUUCGACAGGAAAUACAAGAAGAACCUUAAAGCCCUGUACCUGGUUCACCCAACAAACUUCAUAAGGAUAGUCAUGCAGAUGUUGAAACCGGCCAUAAGCGUGAAGUUUGGGAGGAAGGUCAUGUAUUUUAACUACCUACAUGAAUUGCAUCCGCAUGUGGAUUUGGAUAAGCUGAGGAUACCACAGCAGGUUAUUGAGUACGACCAACUGCUACUCUCCAAAAACCCAAAAGCUGCCGAAGCCGCCAAACUAAUAUCGGAAAAGCAACCAAUAGCGGAACAGACAGACAAGACCCGUAAGGACGGUCUCUCGCCGCCACCGACGCAGCAGUUUGGGGUGUCGCUGCAGUUCAUAAAGGAGAAUAAUUCCAAUAUGGUGGAUGCCAUACCGCCGGUGGUGAGGCAGUGUGUGGAGUUCCUUUCGCAGCCGGAUGCACUAGAAACUGAGGGUAUAUUCCGUCGAUCGGCGAACAUUUCCGUGAUAAAAGAGCUCCAGAGACAGUGCAACCGCGGCGAGCCGAUAUCGUUCAGGAGCGAUCCUCACAACGCCGCUGUUCUGCUUAAAACCUUCCUCAGGGAUCUCGAGGAGCCAUUACUAACGUUUGACCUUUAUGAGGAGAUAUUGAAGUUCCAACUGUGGUCGAACCGCGACAAGCCGAGGCACGUGAAAAUACUCAUCCUAGAAUGGCUCCCGCCGGACAACUACAAGCUAUUGAAGUACAUCAUACAAUUCUUAUGGAAGGUCCAAGACCGGAGCUGCCUCAACAAAAUGACGAGCAGCAACCUCGCGGUAGUGUUCGGCCCGAACCUCGCCUGGCCGCCCAACGGCCAGAUGUCCUUGCAAGCCAUCGCGCCCAUCAACGCGUUCACCGACUUUCUACUCAAGAAUCAGGAGACUAUAUUCAUUAUUUAAGCGUCGGUGACCUGGUAAUGAAUUGAUGUUGGAAUUU